GUCGAGUCGUGUGUCGGGAAAAAAACGCGCGUGAUGUCGCUCUCCGUCAAACUAAAGCAAUUCAAGAUAGCGAGGACCAAAGGAGAGAAGUUGGCCAAAGUUGAGUUUAGGGGGGUUUCUCAUUUGACGAAAAUUCUGGAUGACACCGGCGGUGACAUUAUCAUUGUUGAUCAGAUACUGGAUUGGCCUGUGGCAAGACCUAUCGAAGAAAAUGAACUGCUGUUGGUAGAACUGUAUUCGAGGAAUCGGCUUUUCUCCGAUCGACUGUUGGGCUCGUACUGUUUGGUGUUGCAGAAAGUUGUACGAGAUGGGAGGGUUUCUGUAGCUGAUAGUUUGGUUGAUCCUAAUAAUAAAACCUUACCGGCCACUGUCCAAUUCGAGGUCCUCUACACCCUUCCUGACGAAUCAACAGCGUCCUUCGCUGGCAGCAACGCCUAUGACAUCCUCGAUGAUGAACAGCAAAUGCUCAUUGACAUUGAACAGAACAUCGCCAACAUUGAACGCAACCUCACCCAAACGAAGCUCAAGCACGCGAAUUCUGUGGGGACGCCAGAAAAACCAUCAAUGUCGGCGGAUCGAAAAAGAAGUUCAACGUUAAAAAGCGUAAGGAGUCUAAUAAGGUUUGGUAAACAACGGCCACCCAAGGACAGCGACAACGAGGAAGAGGUGUCUUUGAUCCAGGACUCUGCCAGGACCUCGAGGCAGGUUUCGGAGUCUGAAUCGGCGCCCAUUUCCCGAGCUGGCAGCCAGAGCUCCGUUAGCUCAAGGGAAGACAAUCAGGAAGUGGCACUGGUGGAAAAGAGGAAAGCUACCAAACUGAAGAGUGAUAUGAAGACAACAGUGCAGUCAGCAUUAAAAGCACAAGAUUUUCAAGUUUGUUUAACCAUUAUAGAAGCAAGACAACUAGCCGGACUCAAUAUGGAUCCAGUUGUUUGUAUUCAAGUCGGGGACCAGAAAAAAUACACCAGUGUUAAAGAAAGCACCAAUUGUCCUUAUUACAACGAAUAUUUCGUUUUUGACUUUCACAUGCCUCCCAUUAUGUUGUUCGAUAAAAUCAUCACGUUAUCGGUGUUGCAGUCUCGGAACUUUCUCAGGGGUAACAAAUUAUUGGGAAGCUUUAAAUUAGACGUAGCGACAGUGUGGUCUCAACCAGAUCACCAGUUUUACCACAAAUGGGCUCUGCUCACCGAUCCAGACGACAUCGCUGGCGGUCCGAAGGGUUACUUGAAGUGUGAUAUCAGCGUCAUCGGCAAGGGGGAUACCGUCAAAGUUCCGCCGAAGAGUGAAAAGGACGAAGACGAUAUCGAAGCCAACCUUCUCCUCCCCGAUGGCGUUCCCAUCGACCGCCAGCGCGCCCGUUUCAUCGUUAAAAUCUACCGAGCCGACGGCCUGCCAAAGAUGAACUCCUCGCUGAUGGCAAAUGUGAAAAAAGCUUUCACCGGCGAACUAAGCGAUCUCGUUGACCCGUACGUUCAAGUGUCCUUUGCCGGUCUGACGGGUAAAACAAGCGUGAAGAAACACAGUUACGCACCUGUUUGGAACGAGCAGCUCGUUUUCACCGAGAUGUUUCCGCCGUUAUGUCAGAGGAUCAAGAUUCAGCUGAGGGAUAACGACCCCGUCAAGCCAACGGUGAUCGGGACGCACUUUAUAGACCUCAAGACCAUCUCCAACGACGGAGAGAAGGGCUUCCUGCCGACCUUUGGACCAUCCUUCAUACAUCUUUACGGCUCCACGAGGGAUUACAGCCUAAUCGACGAACACUCCAGCCUGAAUACAGGUUUGGGUGAGGGAGUUUCAUACAGAGCUCGUCUUCUGGUGGCUAUCCGCACGGAAAUCACAGACAGCAUCGACUUAGCACCCUCUGCUGUGGAAAUAGAAGCCACCAUUCCCGUCAACGAGGCGUCGUAUGCCAAAAAUGAAGAGUUCUUCUUGUUUGCUACAAUACUCGAUGCAUCCAUGAUUGAUAAAAAAUUAGGCGAUAAGCCGGUUUAUUUCGAAAUUAGUAUUGGGAAUGCGGGUAAUGCCAUUGAUGGACACAAUGAAUCCGCGAGGGAGCAUUAUGAUUCGGAUAGCGACGAAUUGGAAACUGUUACGACAGACAGCGGUUCAUGGCAGAGCACCACGACCCCAGCAAAACCCAUGACCCACGAUAAAAUAUACUACUUUUUACCGUACUGGGACAACAAACCUUGCAUGCACAUUAGGUCCGUAUGGCCAGACUACAGAAGACGCAUGUACAACUCCAACAUAAUUUCAAAACUUGUUGAAAAACUCGAAGACGGGCUUUCGGAAGUGAACUCGUCAAUGGACUCGGACGAUCCUGAAACGGAAACACGCCUGAAACAGGUAUUGGAGGAUUUAUCGAUAGGUUGUACAAAAUAUGUGACCAUAUCUCAAGCGUCGAUGACAGGACCGGGAACAGGAAAGACGAAGUUGGACAAAGAGCACCUCAAACUUUGUCAAAGGGAAAUUGAAAAUAUAGGUAACGCUGCGAGAAAUCUCCGUGCUUUGGUAACGAAAAGCUCGUUCAGAGAACGGUAUAAAACAGCGCAAACUUACUUGACGAAACUGAAAUUUUUAACGGAAGAUCCCCAACAUGCCCUUCCGGAUGUAUUCUUGUGGAUUAUCAGCGGAGGUAAACGACAAGCCUAUCAAAGGAUCUCGGCAAGGGAUAUUAUUUAUUCAAUCGUUGACGAAGAGAGUGGAAGAGAUUGUGGGAAGGUGCAGACGAUGUUUCUCAAGCUGCCUGGAAAACGAAGCACCGGACCAAGCGGCUGGACCAUCCCGGCGAAGUUACAAAUCUACCUAUGGCUAGGCAUGCUCAAGCACAAAAAGAACUUCAUUAACGGAAUACCGAAAGGCUACGAAGUGACACACGAAAUUAGAAACGUGGAAAGACCGCGAGCGCUUCCCCCUUCCAUAAUCCAUUACGUCGAAAAACACGUUUUUCAGUUGCGAGCGCACAUUUAUCAAGCGAGGUCGCUGAUAGGAAGUGAUGCUUCAGGUCUUUCGGAUCCAUUCGCAAGAGUAAUUGCGGGAGAAUUCAGUAAAACCACGCAAGUUAUUGACGAAACUUUAAGCCCGACGUGGGACGAGUUGCUCAUUUUCGGGGAAAUUCUCAUAUAUGGAACCGCUGAAGAAAUCAAGCAAGAUCCUUCUUCGAUUAUUAUCGAAAUCUUCGACCAGGAUAAAGUCGGGAAGUCGGAGUUUAUAGGACGAGCUUUGGCGAAAGCGCACGUUAAGUUAAGAGAAGAAGGUUACUCUAAACCGAAGUUUCCGCCUUCUUUGGAGUGGUUUGAUAUUACUAGAGGUGCAGACCAUGCUGGGGAGUUGUUGGCGGCUUUCGAACUUCUGGAAUUACCGAACGAUGUUGAUGGAGGGCAGCUGCCGCCGUUACCCGCACCAAAAGAUAUUCCGAUUUAUAAAGAAACAGAUCCUAAAGAUUUGAUUCCUAUGCUACCAGUUCCUAGAGGGAUUAGACCAACGUUGGCGCGUUAUCGCAUCGAAGUACUAUUUUGGGGGUUGAGAGACCUGAAACGUAUCCAUCUACUAACAGUAGACAAACCAAGAGUCGAUAUAGAGUGCUCAGGUCACAUUCUUUACUCUUCGAUUAUUCAAAACGCCAAAAAGAACCCAAAUUUUAGCAAUCCUGUGAAAUUUCUCGACUUAGACCUACCAGAGCAAGAACUGUACAGACCACCACUAACAAUCAGAGCUGUGGAUUGUCGAAGUUUCGGACGCUACACUCUCGUAGGAACCCACAUGAUCAACUCAAUUCACAAAUAUAUGUACACACCGAUAACCAAAAGAGACCGAGAAUCAGAGGAAAGAAAACGAACCUUGAAAGAACCAAAAAAUGAUUGCCCAACUUUAAGUCAGUGUUCACCUACAAAUAUAAACUGUAUUGAUAACGAUAAAGAGCGAAGUCCUCUUCUACCGAAAGACAUUUCGAUUUCCAUAGGGUAUGGCACACAACAAAGCUUAAGCAAAAUGAAGUCUGAGGCUAGUAGGAAACGGAAACCUAGUGUUGAAGAGGACAUGGACGAUGAAGAAGGAAGUCGUGACUGGUGGACGAAAUAUUUUGCGUCAGUCGAACGAAUGAUUGACGAAACCAAAGAAGCGAAAAAAUUGUUAAAUCAGCAAAAUGGGAAUCUACAAAUUCUUGCAGAUGAUGAUAGCAAUCCACAGUCGGGGAACACUUCGGAUAAAAGUCCAGGAGACGGGAAAAGACGAUUUGGGUUCAAAACUGCGGCUACGGCUUCAAGGUUUGCAGCAAGAAUUAGUCCUAAAAGCGUUCGAAAAAGAAGUAAAUACAAACCCGCCUUAUGCAAAAUAUACCCUACCGAGCUGGAGGCGAUAUCAGACUUCGGUGAAUUCAAAGAGUGGUUGCAUACCUUUGAAUUAUACAGAGGUAAAAAGACUGGUGAUGACACUGAAGACGAAAGUCGCGUAGUGGGUUAUUUUAAGGGUGCUAUCAAAGUAUACAAAUGGCCUUUACCUAAAGAUAUCGAAGACCACACCAUAAUGGGUUUCGACCCACAAUUCGGAUUCUUUCAAGGUUUGCCUUCAAACGACCCCAUUCGUGUUCUAGUACGUGUCUACGUAGUCAAAGCGAACGAUCUUCAUCCCAUGGAUCUCAAUGGUAAAGCGGAUCCAUACGUGGUUAUACAACUAGGUUCAAAACGUAUUAGCGACAAAGACAACUACAUCUCAAAACAACUGAACCCAGUAUUCGGAAAGUGUUUCGAGAUCGAAGCUACAUUCCCACAGGACUCGUCACUUACUAUACAGAUAUACGACUGGGACUUGGUCGGAUCUGAUGACAUGGUCGGUGAAACGAAAAUUGAUUUAGAAAACAGAUUUUAUAGCAGACAUAGAGCUACAUGUGGUCUUCCCGAGAAAUAUGAAGAACAAGGGUACAACGCCUGGAAAGACGCUAUGAAGCCUACUCAGAUCUUGGCCAAAUUAUGCAAAGACGCCAAAGUAGAAGCUCCAAUGUACUCAGACAGCCAAGUGAAAAUUGGACGUCAGGUGUUUACGAUUCACUGCGAAGACUUCGAUUUUUACAGAACACGUGAGGCUGAAGAACAUAUGGCUCUAGCGGUUUUACAUCGUUGGCACGAAUUUCCGAAAAUUGGAUGCCACUUAAUUCCGGAACAUGUGGAAACUCGACCGCUUUAUAAUCCAGACAAACCGGGAAUCGAACAAGGCAAGCUGGAAAUGUGGGUCGAUAUGUUCCCGAUGGAUAUGCCUUUACCGGGACCACCGUUGGACAUUUCUCCUCGAAAACCCAAAAGCUACGAACUGAGGGUUAUUAUAUGGAAUACCGACGACGUAGUGCUGGAAGAUGACGCAUUUUUCACCGGGGAAAAGAUGUCAGAUAUUUAUGUCAAAGGAUGGCUAAAAGGACCAGAGGAUUGCCAGUGUACGGACAUACAUUACCGUAGUUUGACGGGAGAGGGGAAUUUCAACUGGAGGUUUAUUUUUCCUUUUGAUUAUAUGGUGGCAGAGCAGAAAAUUGUCAUCUCAAGAAAGGAAUCGCUUUUCUCGUGGGACGAGACGGAGUGUAAAAUACCAGCACGACUAGAGUUACAAGUAUGGGAUGCUGAUCACUUUUCAGCCGACGACUUUUUAGGGGCCAUCACACUGGAUUUGAACCGUUUUCCUCGGGGAGCAAAAUCCUCGAAACUGUGCACUUUGGACAUGUUAAAAACAGACGGUUCGGUCCCCGUUGUAAAUAUUUUCAAGCAAAAACGGGUAAAGGGCUGGUGGCCGUUUUUCAUCAAAAAGGACAACGAAGAAAUGGAAUUAACCGGAAAAGUGGAAGCAGAAAUCCAUUUAUUAUCGAAGGACGAAGCUGACAAAAAUCCGGUGGGGUUAGGAAGAAGCGAACCGGACCAACUGGAAAAACCAAAUCGACCAGAUUCGUCGUUUAUGUGGUUCAUGAAUCCGCUCAAGUCGAUACGUUACAUUAUAUGGCACAACUAUAAAUGGACGAUUUUGAAACUUUUUAUUAUACUUGGCUUAGCAAUAAUCAUCCUGUUAUUCUUCUACUCUAUACCAGGUUACACUGUUAAGAAGAUGUUAGGAGCUUAAGGCUUGUUUUUCAUAUAUGCACCAAUUCAUCAUGUAAUCGAUUACAUUUUACAUCAGUACAAAUUUAUUCACACACCAUGUAAAAUACGAUGUGGCUUUUGCCUAAGUCAAAAUGUAUUAUAAUUAGGAGUGACGUCAAAAAUACACAAAAUGUUGAAUUUCAGACUUUUAUUGCGUGUCAGUUGUCUAUUACUUGUAAUAUAUGCA